GCAGAUUCCCAAAAGCAGUUUCGGUUUUGUGUGUAUUUGUACUGUUUACUAACAGGGUCCGUUUGUCUCUGGGUGUGUGGAGUACUAUUUUCAUCACGACGGAUUAAUAACUAUUUUGCAUUUCCCUUACAGUGUCAUACUGUGAGGGUCUGUUGGUUGAAAAGUUAAGAAUAAUUGAAAACCAAGGAUUCUUUAAAAAGAAUACGACUGACUUAGGUCAAGGGAGAAAUCUUGUUAUUUGUGGGCGAAAUUUCCAGAAGCUCUUGGCCUAGUUCAAGUGAUAAGUUCUAAAUUUAAUCCCAUAUCUGCAAUCGGAUAUUUAAAUCUGAUUGCUGUACACCUUUCUACAGGAAGAAAGCAGAAAAAGGUCGUUGCGAAGUUCGCCUUCAGCUUUCACUUCUGCCAGGUUAAUUAUUCAUUCACAAAACAUAAUCGGGCGAAUUAGUACCUCGCAAAAAGCCUCCGGCAGUCUCUGUUCAGUGAAAAUCGUGGUCGAAAUUAUCCCGAUGUCUCCAGUUGUUGAAAAAUUCAACAAAAAUAUUGGAGAAUUACUCAUCAGCUUGCUGUUCUUAAAGCGAUUCCUCUUGGUUGGAUAUAAGAUCCAGAGACUACUAUCCUCCAAAGCUUGUGUGUGAAAGAGGAACUUUUGAAAACAGUGCCUCAUUAUAUUUCAAUUGUUUGACUCUCUAUUGGAAAAAUGGACGAGGAACAAUUUGAUAUCGAACUUCAGGCUCUGCAUUUGAUUGAAAACAAUAACAAUAAUGUGAAUUCUGUGGAUACUCAUCACUGUGGUACUCCUCAAAAUGGUUCUGUGAAAUCACUUUUAACACGGAAUCAUUGGAAAGAAGCUGCAAAGAAAGCUUUGCAUUUGGGUGAUCCUUGGGAAGAAUUCCAUCUUGAGCAGUUGGAGACAGAAGUUGUUAGUCGUUACAGAUUUAAUGCAAUACGGCAGGCUUGGAUAAAAGAUGAAGUGUUGAUUAAAAUUGCUAAAGAGCCCUUCAGCCAUGGUGCAAUGAGAUCUUGUUUCAGAUUGAAAAAGUUGUCAACGUUUUGUAACCGUCAAAAUUGGCGUUCUGCCUCUAACUAUGUUGCUAAGAGAUACAUGGAAGAAGUAGAUCGCAAUGUUUACUUUGAGGAUGUGAAAUUACAGAUUGAUGCUAAGUUAUGGGGUGAAGAAUAUAACAGGCAUAACCCACCGAAAAAAGUAGACAUAUUCCAAAUGUCUGUGAUAGAAUUCAUCAAUAGACCUGGAAAGCCAUUGUAUCAUAUUGAACAUUUCAUUGAAGGUGAUUACAUCAAGUACAAUUCGAAUUCUGGUUUCAUCAGUUGUGAAAAAAUGAGGCUGACCCCUCAAGCAUUUAGUCACUUCACAUUUGAAAGAUCUGGCCAUGAAUUGAUUGUAGUGGACAUCCAAGGUGUUGGUGAUUUGUAUACGGAUCCUCAGAUACACACAGCAUCUGGCAUGGGUUAUGGCGAUGGGAACUUGGGUACUCGUGGAAUGGCACUGUUCUUUUACUCGCAUAUCUGCAAUGACAUUUGUAAAAGUCUUGGCUUGUCUCCUUUUGAUCUGGCUUCCACAGAAAGGAUGAAAAACAAGAAAGUGGCAAUGCUGCAGUUAUCUUGUAAAACACGUGUGAGAGGAACUGAAGAUCUUUGUCUAAGCCCAUCAGACAAAGAACGUGUUCACUGGAAAGAGUUUAUCCGAGCUCGCUCGACUUCUGGCAGCAGCCCUACUUAUGGUUCAUUCUCAUACAUGUCGGAAUCGAGUGAAAGUGUUCAGUCCAGCAAAGAGUAUGGCUUGGAAAGCUAUGGAAGUGAAAGUUUAAGUUGUGGAGGCAGCAGUCAUGGUGAUGAUGAAGAUGCUGGUUUUGGGGCUGAAGAUCAUCAUUUUCCCAUGUUUACCAGUGAUUCUGGUGUUGGAUCAGCAAAGAGGAAACGGUCGAGAUGUGAAUCUGAAUGCAGUGUUACUGAAGAAAAUGAAAUAGUUGAAUUUGCUCAACUUGUCUCGCGAAGAUCUCGCCCAUCAUGUGUUAUGAAUGAAGAACAGUUGCGAGAAUUGCAGAAUGAAAAUGAAAAGCAUUACAGUAAUUCUGUAUUAGGAAUGAUACAUCUCGAUUUGGCAAAGUAUCAUGAAAUAGGACGUUUCACACUGGAGAAUGAGGAAUAUGACCAUGAUGCUGCUUUCUACCAUUUGGAACAAGCAGCUAGAUGUGGUAAUCUGGAAGCUAUUAAUACCCUUGCUAAAAUAUAUCUUCAGAUUCCUCAUGAUGUGCUUGCCGAAGUUUCAGUUAAAGAUUCCACAGAUAACAUUGAUCAGGGUAUGGAUUAUAUGAAACAAGCUGCCUGUGCUGGGGAUAGAGCAGCAAUGAUCUUUAUGGCCAAGUGCUAUGAUUCUGGUGAUAAUGUGAAUCAAAAGAACUGGCGUGAUGCUGUCUAUUGGUAUGAGAAAGCAAUAAAAACAGAAGAAAUUGACGAAGGAGGUGAAUAUGAUGCAUGCAUGCAUGAUCCCACCUAUGAACUCUUAUCUCGACAAGCAGCCCUGUACCAGAAGGGAGGGUUUGGGCUUCAAAAAGAUCCAACUAAAGCAGGUGACCUCUACAAUUUAGCAGCUGAAUCUGCUAUGUCUUGCAUGAAGGGGAAACUUGCCAACAAGUAUUAUAUGUAUGCUGAAGAAGCAUAUGCUGAAUGUGAUGAUUAAAAUUUGAUUUUUACCUGUCUUUAAAAAAAGUCAUUUUUUUCAUGUUUUGUUUUUCUGGUUUGGAUGUAUGUGUAUUUUCUUUUUAAGUUUUUGUUGUAUUAGUUCUGUCAUUAAACAAGCAGCUGGGGAUUUUUUUUAUAUAUUUUUUUGCCUAAAACUUUUAGAAUGAUUUUAAAAUGUAUUUUUAAUUUUUCAAAUAAGAAUUUUAUGUUAAUCUAUUAUUAUGAGAUAUUGGUAAAGUAGUAAAAAUUGAAUAGAUUCUUAAAGAAAAUUAUCUUUGUUUUAUUAAUAGUUCAUUCCAAUAUGUAAUUUAAUAGUAGUUUUGUCUCGGCUGCUUUUUAUAGGAAAGUAUUUGAAAUUUUUGUAGUUUAUAAACAGGUAUUCAAAAUUAUUACCUGCAGUAACAAGUCUUCUUUCGAAACCCUGUGAAAUUGAGCCUGAUAAUUCUUAGGCAUAUUUUUAGUGAAAAUUCUACUUAUGUUGUCUGUUGAAAACUAUCUUAUAAGAGUUGAAAAAUUAUGGUAGUUGAUUAUCAAAAGGAUUUUAGUGAAAUCUUAUUAUUAUUUUGCUUGUAUUACUUAUUGAAUAGUUUCUGAAUUGUGUUUUAUCUAUGUCAUAUUUGAAAUUUGAUUUUUUUUCUCUGUUUUUGAUUAAUUUUCUGAUAGUUUUUCUAUUAUCAUUAGUGAUUUAUGCACUUUUGGGAAGAAUAGUUUUUGUAAUAGUUUAUCAAGUAUUUGGAAUAUAGCUUUAAAAAUACCUUAAGGAUUUAAGGCAUUUUUAAUUAUAUAAGGAUUUUAUAAUUAAAAAUAAUAUUUCAAAUAUUUAAUAUUAUUUUACAAGAUUCGGAAUUUUUGUUCCAAAUUCAACACAAUAACACUCAUUCUGUGAUAAUAUAUAAAACAGGAGGUGUGAAAAUUAAGUCUUUUAUCAGAUAAAAAUGCCUUGAAGGUUUUAGUUUUUUUUAUUAUUAUUAUUAACACAUUGACUGCCAAGCUGAUUUUUUUUAAUGGACCUGCUGGUCACUGAUGACUCUCAUGGCAGUCAAGGUGUUAAUCCAAAUUCUUAUCAUUUUGAUGAUUUCAGAAAUAACAAAUUGUCUUAUUAUUCUUUGAAAGUUCAAAUAAAAGGAUUAAUUUUUGUUUCCAUUUUACAUUAAUUUCUGUGUUCUAAGACUUAUAUUGAUUUUAUAUUAAUUGGCAAUUUUUUUUCUUGAAUUUUUUUAGUCACUUCAUUAAGAAUAGUUUGGAUCAUGUAAAUUCUUCCAAGGAUGUGAGGAAAUUUUUCUAGACUUAAUUAUUGUAACUAGAAAAAUAGGUCUGUUUGCUUAGGUUCUUUUCUAUUCUGUUAUAUGAUUUGCUUUUUUGUUAAGUUUCUUUUUACUUUUAUAAAUCUGCCAUUAUAUUUUACAUGUGUUUUAUUAUUGUAACAAUUCUCUUCUUAUUUGUACAUUGUAAGUGUCAUGAUCUUAAAUGUUUGCACUCGACAUUUUUAUGUGCUAAUCUUCGCACUGUUUUCUAAAUGUUUUGAGCUUUUUAUUUGGGAAUUAUUGUCUGUUUUUUUCUUUCA